CUUGCUCGAAAUGGGCGAUUCAGACGAGGAUAAUUACGCAACGUUUGGUGUUCCUCUUGAUCCUUUGGACGAAGAGAACAUCCCGCGAAAGAAGCCUGUCACGAUCGAGGAUCAAUAUGCAUAUGACGCCCAAGGUAGACGUAGAUUCCAUGGGGCCUUUACAGGUGGUUUCUCAGCAGGAUACUUCAACACCGUCGGCACUCGCGAUGGCUGGAGACCACAGCGGUUUAAGUCUUCCAGGAGUAACAAGGCGGACAGCGUUAUUCAGCGACCAGAAGAUUUUAUGGAUGAAGAGGAUACAAGUCUCUUUGGGAUAGCUCCUAAAGGUAUUCGAGCCACCAGUGAUUAUGCUGAUCAUGAACAGAAGGGAAAAAAGAGGGAAAGGAUAAAUCAAGAAGAACCUAUCCCUGGUACUCCCAUCUUAAAGGAACUUCUAAGACCUGUCAAAGAAACAGUGGGUAUUGUCCUGUUAAAAAAAAUGGGAUGGAAACCUGGUCAAGGUAUAGGUUCCAGAUUGACAAAGAAAGAAAAACAGAAGAUAAAACUGCGCAAUGAAAAAUUAAAACUAGCACAGAACAAUCCCGAAAUGAUAGAAAGCAAUUCUGAGGAUUCGGAUGAUGAGUCAACUAAUAUUACUUUUGCACCUGACGAUUAUGAGCCAUUCCGGUGCAAACCGAAAGAUAAUUAUUUUGGCAUUGGUUACUCGGGCUUAGAUAGGCGGAAAGUCCUUUCCAGUCACAUCAAUUUAUUUGACGGUCCGGCUUUUUGCGUUCAAGAUAAAAACAAGAAAUUAUCGAUUCAUGGCCAGGCGUUUGGAGUUGGUGCCUUCGAGGCUGACGACGAAGAUAUAUACGAGAAAGAAGACAUGUCGCGUUACGACUUUGCUUUGGGACCUGAGUGUAAGGCAAAAACAAGAUGGUCUCAGGAAAAACCGAGUAGCUCACAAACUGAUUGCCUGGACAAUUUUAUUUACGCGAAAGAGAGACUAGAGAGCAAAAAAAUCUUCAAACCUCCAGAAUUGCCGAAGAAUUUUGUACCGGUACAUACUAUUAGGAAAAGUAGGUUUUAUCCGCCGAUUACAACUUCAGUAGAAAGUAAACGCAAGGAACCAUUGAAUGCCACAGAUAGAGGGCGAAUCUUGGAAGAUCCUAAUGAAUGUUCGAAAAAGUCACAAGGAUUGUCAAGCACAUCCGUUGCAUCUAAUAUUAUUUCAAAAACAUUGAAUUUACAUGGUAAACAACAAACAGAAGAGAGAAGAAAAUUAGAGACGCAGCAGAAGACAACAAGCAACUCUUGGCUAGACAAAUUAAAUACACAAAACUUUGUCAAAGGAGGUAUCGUCGGUUCCAAUAAAGACGAUAUGAGUAAUUUGAAGAAAUUGGAAGACUUUAAAGAAUCUUUAUCUGCACAAUCAAGUUUUAUCACGGAUAAAUUAAUAGAGAAUGGUUCCUCAAAUAAGAGUGAAACAAGGAAGUUGUUCUUGUUUAAUUCAGAUAAACAGAAACGAUUCGAGCAGUAUCUUAUUUUCUCAAAAAACGGCGAAAAGGAUAAAUUUGAAAGUAUUCAACCACUUUCUAUGACUAAUUGGGAGAGGGAGCUAGAACGCGAGGAAUUUGAGCAAGCGAUAAAACUGGAACAAUCGAAUAAUUAUAUGGCGGAUAAGUUUGUACAUAGUGCUAAUGAUACGACGGACAGAAUAGAUUUGGAAGAGGAUAUAAAGAAAGCAGUGAGAUUAAAAAUGUUCGGCAAACUUACCCGACAACGGAGCGAAUGGAAGCCGAUGAGUAUCGUUUGCAAGAGAUUCAAUAUUCCUGAACCGAAAGUUGGAUGUGCAUUGAUUGCAACAGAUCGAAAAUCAGCCAGAUUCUCAAUCUUUGAUUCCUUGGACUGGUACAGUUCAUCAAAAUUCACAAAAUCUGUGGAUACAAUUAAGACUCAAGUUGAAGAAAUUCCUCUGCCGUCAAGGAAAACUGAAGAAAAAUUUAAUGAAACGAUUUUCAUUGGCGUCAACAAUAUUCCAUCUAAUAUUUAUCAACUUUUAGAACCUAUGUCUGAAAAGUUUAGAAUUUUCGAAGCUUCCUAUGAAAAAGUUUUCGGUAAAAAUAUUCAAAAUAUUUCUUCCACAACAUCAAAAGAUGUCAAACAAACUACAGAAAAUAACUUAAAAAAUGAAAUAAUUCAAGAAGUAAAAGAAAAAACACCUUUUGAACCGGUGUCUGCGCUUAAAGAUCAAUCCGAAGAAAAGAAAGAUCUAUUCAAGGCGAUCUUUCUCAGCAGCAGUGAGAAUUCCGACAGCGAGACGGAGGAUAAUGUUGACAACGAAACUGUUAAGUCGAUUUUGAUUGGAAAAGAUCCGAAGGAGAUAAAUGUGCAACGCAAUAUAUCGCCGCCACGAGGAAUCUUUGCAAAAUUAGAUCUCGACAGCUUGGUGACACAACCAAAACACAUUAAUAAUGACGAAAGUAAGCUGUCUGAAAUUUCAGAAACUAAAUCGCUAGUUACUGAUGAAUCACAAAAUGAUUUUAUGCAUCAUAACGAUGUAACUAAUGACAAAGAGACUGCCAUACUGCCAGAUAUGUAUGGUCCGGUCCUGCCACAAAGAUUAUUGAAACAAGACAGUACUGCAACAACGACAGAAGCUGAUGAUACUAAUCAACUGUUUAAGCCAGUAUUUCGAAGUGUCGUAGUAUCGAAAACUACGAAGGAUUCAAAACUCGGUGGAAAAUGGGUGGAACGAGACAAGGUGAAAAAAUUGAAGAAGAAACAUAAACAUAAGGUGAAAGAUAAAUAUAAGAGUCCCAAGUAUAAGAAAAAAUCUAAAAAAGAGAAACAUUCAAAACGUUGA